GGGAGGAGAGAGAGGAAAGAAAAAAAGAAAGGAGGGGAAAGAGAGCAUGAAAGUGAAGUGUCUUGAUCUGUAGUGCACAUCUCCACAAGCCCUGUCCUGCUGUCUACCAUCACAGCCCGAUGAUGUCAUCAGAGGUCUUUGUCCCUGGUUGGCUGCAGCAGCUGCUGGUCGUGCUGCUCAGGUUUGCUCUGACCAAUGGGGCGGAGUGCAGCGCUCGAGGACCCGCCUCUUACAUCCUGGUGUUCACCGGCCACUGGAGUCCACAGACCUUCCCCAAACAGUAUCCCUUAUUCCGACCACCUGCACAGUGGUCAAAACUCAUGGCCGUGACCCAUAAUGAGCAGUACCGGCUGUGGCAGGAGGGGGCGCCGGCGAGCGAUGGCAUGAAGAGCUUCGCUGAGCAGGGACUCACGGUGGAUCUGGUGAAGGAUGCCAAGGAGGCGAGGAAGAGGCGAGUGGUGGGGUCCAUGUACCGCACAGCCGGGAUCCCCUCAGGCUUCGGCCACAGCUCCACAGAGCUGCUCCUGACGCCCAGGUCCCCGCUGCUGUCUCUGAUCGUGAAAGUGAUCCCCAGUCCAGACUGGUUCGUGGGGGUGGACAGUCUGAACCUGUGUGAGGGUGGGCAAUGGAAACAGGAAGUGACCUUUGACUUGCACCCAUUUGAUGCUGGCACUGAUAGCGGCUUCACUUUCUCCUCGCCAAACUUUCCAACAAUACCCCCAGAAAAUAUCACCAUGAUCACCUCUCAGAAGCCAAACCACCCGGCAAAUUCCUUCUAUUACCCUCGGCUAACCGAACUCCCGCCUCUGGCCACUAUUUGGGUGAAGCGACAGGGCCGCACACAGAACCGAGUGUCCAAUCACAUCCUGCCGGACACAACCAAACCCCACAGAUUCUCAGAAACGCCGCUGGACUGCGAGGUGUCGAUGUGGUCGUCCUGGGGCCUGUGUCUGAGGCCGUGCUCUCGGGGAGGCCUGCGCCAUCGCACCCGUUACAUCCUGCUCAAACCGGCCAACAGUGGCACGCCGUGCCCCGAGCUGGAGGAGCAGGAGGAGUGCACGCCGCACAACUGCCUGGCGUAUCAGUGAUGCCGGUCACACCGCUGGCAUAGACACUUUGACGCUGUCCAAGCGGAGAGCCGAGUUUAACCAAUGCUGAGUCACUGCUGCAGAAUGUGGGAGAGCCGCCCGACAGGACGUCCCAUGAGCUGCAUUGGCUCCUCUCCUCACUGGAAAAGAACGGCUCGUAUUCUGUUAAUAGAGACUUUGAUUAUGGCUGCUGUAUUUGCAGUAAUCUCUGUGUAUCUUUGCGUAAUCGCACACUAUUUUGCCAAUAUAGAUUUGUUGAACAGACGACUUGCAGUUGCCCGACCACUGAUUUUAACAUAACUACAUGAAUUAACAUAAGCUUUCCAAUUGAAUUCACAACAGUAGCAGCAGUUUUGAGUGAUUUGACAGAUCACGAUCAGGAAGUUGGCCGUAGAAGUCAUCUAGUAGUCCAUUAGUAGUAGACUUGGAGACGUCCCAGCUCCUGUCUCAUACAAGCCUAAAUAUGUCCAGAGUGCAGUAUGCAUACACUUUCUUGUGAGGAGUCACACAAAACUAAAUGUCAAGAGUCAUUUAUCAAAAAAAGUGAACAUUAAGAUGUUCCCGGUCAAGAAAAAGUCACUUAUGCACACCAGUUUGAUCAAAAGUAUAGUAAAACAGAAAUCCAGUGAAUUAUUAUUAUUAUUACAUUUGAAUGUGUUUUAUUUGAGCAUAUUGUAAAACUUAACUUAUUUCUGAUACAAAGCUGAAUUUUCUGCAUCAUUUCUCCAAGUCUUCAGUGCCGCAUGAUCCUUCAGAAAUCAUUUUAAUACGCUGAUUUGCAGUUCAAUAAACAUUGAAAACUGUAGUCUGCUUAAUGCAUUUGACUAUUUGAAAAACAGCAUUCAUAGACAGAAAUAUAUUUUGACAUUUGUCUCUAUUGUCGCUUUUUAUCAGAGUAAUGCAUCCUUGUUCAAUAGAAGAAUUCAUUUAUUUUCUUUCUUUUGUUUAUAAUCUGAAUUACCCAACCUUUUAAUUAUAAUGCUCUCCACAAUAAUAUUAAGCAUCACAACUUUUCUCAGUAAUGAUGCUGAAAAUUCAGCUU